CACAGUCAAGAAAACUCAAUUCACCGUGUUGAAUUUUACAUCCAAAGACUGUAAAGCAGAUUCAGAUAAUUCGGGUGCUUGGAUUUUUGCGCCGUAAUGCAUACCAUCUGGAAGUAAACCACUGUGGAUGAUUGCACAGAAGAAUAUUCUGCAAUGCUCAGAAGCACAGACUGAUUGCUCUCUUUCACAUCUAUUCUCCAUGUGUCGGCAUUGCCAUGAAGCAUUAUACAGAAUCCAGGCUGCGAAUCCCACGUUCCUUACAGUUCCCAUUCAUCCAACACUGGCCCUCACAGUUUGCAUCAAGAACCCCAAUACUGAUUUUGAUCAUUCUCCAGCUCUCCCAACCCAGUCAUACAGACUUGUCUCCCAACGGUGACCAUGCCACUACAGGGAAUGUUCGAUCUCCACAGGACUCUGCUACUCCCAAAUCCUCACCUGACUCUUUAUUUGAUGUGUGCUGUUCCAUGGGGAAAAGUUCUUCUCUAGCUAUGGACUUUUUCAAUCCAAGCAACAAGAAAAGCGAACAAAUGAACGAAACGUGCGCGUCUAUGUUGCAGCUGGAUGCGAUUUCAAGACCGCAAAUAGACGAUGUUGAGUCGAACCUGUCCUAUGCCAAGCGCGACUGGUGUCAGCGAGUAAAGCAUUUGUGCUGCGUGUCCAUGAGAAGAAGGCGAGCCUGUCGCAUUGGUUCGGAGCACGUCGUUCGAAACGGAGGACAAAGAUGCACAGAUGAAGCGUGGAAUACAACCGUCGAGAUACAGCUGCAUGGUGUGGCAAAGGAAUGUUGUUUGUGUCGUUUGGUUUGGACAGCAAACGGAUCGGACUUGAAGGAAUGGCACGAAAUGAGGUCAUCAGCCCAGAAAAGUGCAUGUCCCGGAGCCGGGUGUUGUAGUUUACUUAACAAUGCAGACUCACCUCUAAUAUCGUCUGACACUGAGGCACCAGCUGGAAUGAAUUUACAUGAGAACCUCCCGCAGUCAGAUGAAGGUAAACAAAGUACCGCACCGAACCCAGUAUCCCCUCAGCCGAACGAACCAGACGAAUUCGAGUUUACAAUGGUUGGUGGGGUCGGAUUCUCCACAAACAGUGGCAGCUACACAGCACAAAUCGAUGAGGUUAGUGGCACCUCAGCGUCCGUUCCACUGACAACAACACCAUCAAGCACGGAAGACACAAGUAUACUGUGUCAUGAAAAUUACGUAUGGGACAAAGAACAAGAACUAUGCAUUCGCUUAAUGACAGCUUGCCCAAUUGGAAUGUAUCUUAACAGGACAACAAACAAAUGCACUCGCCGAGUCGCUACGCUAGAAAGUUGUGACGCCGGAUAUCGAUUUAACGAAGAGAAAUCUAGCUGUGAAGAUGUGAACGAGUGCGUGGAGGGUUUAGUGAACGGCAGUCAGGCAUGUCCGGGUGAAGGCAUGUCUUGUGUAAACGUACCAGGCACGUACAAUUGCUCCUGCACAUCCGGAUUUUCGAUGGCUCAAGAUGGCAGCUGUGUUGAUAUCAACGAAUGCGAUGUGUUAAGAAACCCGUGUCACAGCGGACAACAGUGUCGGAAUAUAAUCGGAUCAUUUCAGUGUGUCCGACAGGUUCCCUGUGGAUUCGGUUACGUGUUGAAUCCCAAAACACAACAGUGUGAAGAUGUUAACGAAUGCAAAGCUGAUCCGAACAUCUGUGGUCCAGGCAUGUUGUGUAUCAACGUACGCGGUGGGCACAAGUGCGUUGAUCAGAUAUGUCCGGGGAAAGCAAGGCGAGACAAACACGGGAACUGUGUACCGUGUCCACAAGGCUAUGUAUUCAAUGUGACAACCGGAUCAUGUGAUGAUGUAAAUGAAUGCAGUGUAAGUAACCUGUGCAAACCGUGGGAACAAUGUGUGAAUAAAAAAGGAUAUUUUGUUUGCGAGCAAAAGAUGAAUUGCGUCCAUGGAAAAAGGGCCGAUUCGAACGGGACGGAGUGUGUAGAUAUUGAUGAGUGCUUGGAAAAAUCGUUCCACUGUGCGCUGGAUGAGGUGUGCGUGAAUACUGAUGGCGGAUAUAAAUGUGUUCCUUCUCCGUGUAACCCAACGCAAAUAUUUGACUACGAACUGAAAAACUGCACAUGUCCAAAGGGAUGGAAGAACGUGAAUGAAACUUGCAUAGACAUUAAUGAGUGCGAGGAAAUGGAUAGCCCCUGUUCCCCUGGAGAAACAUGCAUCAACCGUGCUGGUAGUCACCGGUGUAUCAGACUGAAUGAAUGCGCACCCGGAUUCGAACGUCCAUCACCAUAUUCACAGUGUCAAGAUAUUGAUGAAUGCGCGCUAGGAAUCGCCAAAUGUGGGGAUAAUAUGAACUGUGUCAACACAGCCGGUUCCUAUAUGUGCAUGUGCAAACAGGGCUUUAAGAACCUUGAUGACCAAACCUGUGUCGACCUUGAUGAGUGUCUCUUGUUUGGAGCAGACUCCGUGUGUCCGGACCCGCGAGCGCGAUGUGUGAAUACAAAUGGCAGCCACAUUUGUUUGUGUCCAGAAGGAUACACAUGGCAUAGCUAUCCUGCUAAUAAAUGUGUCGACAUUGACGAAUGCGCACAGCAGCAAGACAGAUGUGGCAAAGAGCACCAGUGUGUGAACUUGGAAGGCAGCUACAAGUGCAUCUGCGCAGUAGGCUAUCAAACUGGGGAGAAUCACAAAAGCUGCGUAGACAUUGACGAAUGCAGUGGACAACCGGACAGUCCGAAAUUGUGUCCCUACUCCAUGUGCGUGAAUACACCUGGUAGCUUCAUGUGUCAAUGCCCCUACGGAUUUCGUCUCGGUCGAAGCAAUCGUUGCUAUGAUAUUGACGAAUGCGCAGAAAUCGAAGAUGUAUGUCAGCCCAAAUACGCCACUGCCGCCAGUCAGACCUGUGUGAACCUCGUGGGUGGAUAUCGCUGCGUCCCCAGCCAGUGCCCUCCUUCAUACAAAAAGACGUUUCUUGGAAACGGGUAUAGAUGUGACCUGGACGCAGCACAUGCUUGUGUUCCCGGUGAUUCUAACUGCUUCGCUGAACGCCCACAGCAGAUUGACAGUAUUUUCAAAGAACUCGAUCAAAACACGCGUGUUCCACAAGUUCUUGCCCGAGUAGAUACUAAAACGAUGCCGCAUGGUGUGAUCCGGGUCGAUUUGAGGCAACACUACGCCAAUGAUUUACGAACACGCAAUCCGAUCAAAGUUGGUCAGGCCUUUCGGCUGCGGAGAAGCCCAUCCCAUGUUGGCCAAGUUGAGGUGGUCUUGAUUCGGUCUAUACCAGCUCCUGUGGACAUGCUGAUUUCGUUACAUGUGAUUUCAACCAGAAACGAUCUUCAGCUGGGACUGGCGAUUACGAAGCUCUAUCUGUUUGUAACACAAUCGGUGGAGCAGCGAAUCCGAAUGAAGUUGGCAGCGCCAAAACGACACGUUUACAAACAUGAAGACUUUUGGACACGAUUACGCCGGAAUAAUUAGAGCCAGCCAGCCAGUCAUCGUACAUAUAGAACAAAUAAAAUGCAGACUGUAUUCAGACCAGCAAACACCUUGUUCAUAUUCGAUCUAUCCCUAGCUAACGUUUUAGAGUGGCAUCUUUUAAAUUUCAUUUACCACCCCAGCACCCUAACCAUCUGAUUCAUUUCAUCUCCAAAGUUGCUUAUUCCAACUCUUUCACAUGCUCGUGAGUAAGUGCCACAACCGGACUAUUGUUUUAUUGUCAUACUGACCUUGAAACUUUUACUUGACUUUCUGGUCAUUCUUAUUAUUACUUUUCCUGCUUUUUCUGUCGUAACAAGGUACAGCAUGUGAGAGACACUUGACGGAAUACUCGAGAU